UUCAUAAAUUCAUCUUCACUCCUGCACUCCACUCAUCAAAAAUCUCCCAAACCCUUCCUAAAACCCUAAACCCACGCGCCAAUGUACGGACACAACAGCACCGCAUUUCCACGCGCCGCCGACUUCCAGUUCCAGGGCUCGCCACCGGCUCAUCCGUUGCUUUAUCAUGAGCAGCUGCUCGUCUCGGCUGAGUUCAGCAACAGCUGCAGCAGCAGCUCCAGCAGCUACUGCGCCUCCCCGAUCAGCAGCGGGACUGGUGGUGGCGCUACGCUGAUUCAGCGCAGCGUCAGCAGCCAUUCGCUCCAGAAGACUUCUUGCGGGACUCACAGGCUAGUCUCCGACUUGCUUGAGUCGGAGACCGGCCCCGUCCGCAGGGUUUACAGCACCGGAGACUUGGAUUUGCAGCUGAUAAAUAAUAUGAACAAUGGAAUGCCACAGCAAUUGCAAUAUUGCGGUUACAAUAGAUCAUCAUCAGAAACUAGUCCCUUGUCGAGUGAGAGCAGUAUGAUCAUAGAAGGGAUGAGCAAAGCCUGUCCAUAUAAUCCUGAGGAGAAGAAAGAGAGAAUUGAGAGGUAUAGAAACAAGCGCAACCUCAGGAACUUCAACAAGACCAUUAAGUAUGCUUGCCGGAAGACGUUGGCGGACAGCCGGCCACGCAUCAGAGGACGAUUUGCAAGGAAUGAUGAAAUUGAGAAGAACUCUCCUGUUCAGUGGAGUCACAUAAGUGGGGAGGAAGACGAGGAGGACUGCGAUAGUUGGAUCAACCUUCUGGAUGCAUUCUCUUCUAUUGAAUCUAAUUCCAUGAUCUAGUAACAUAUAAGACCACUCUAUGUGUCAUGUUUUAGCAAGUAGCUAGGAAAAUUUUAGGCUGCUUGGUUUGAACUUUAAUUAUUAUUGUUAUUACUAUUAUUAUGCAGAAUGCCGCACUUUAAGCGCUAUUUAGCUUGAAGUAGGUGAUGUAAAUAUAGGUGAUUUGAAAUGACAAUGUGCAAUUUUUAAUUAAGACUUUAAUUAAUCAAGGGUUCAGUUUUAAAUUUGCCUAAUUUG